AUGGCCAAAUUCGUCCCCCGGCAACGAAAGCACAAGGUCAAGGAGAGGGAACGACGAGAAAAUGAGGCGCACUCCCAGCAGCAAACCAUCGACUCCAAUGCGGCGGAAAUCGUCCCCGCCUCGCAGACGGAGCGCGAGGAGAAGAAGCGUCGCAUGAAGGAGGAAAUCCAGCUGAAGGGACCGAAGAUCAGUGGGAAGAAGGCAAAACGAUUGGAGAAGUACCUGGAAACGAAGCUCAGGAAGGAUGAGAAUCGGGAACUGAUUGCGCGGCUGGCGAAGGGGAAGACGGAUACGAGUCUUUACCAGAGCAGCAGUAGGCUAGGGCAGGGACGGGAAACGAAGAGGCAAAGGCUGGAGAGGGCUUUGAAGGAGAACCAGGCAGGAAUUGAUAUCGACGGAGAUAAUGAAGAGCUUCUAUUUGAGAAGAGGACCGAAAGGGACGAAAAUAAACCAGAAGAGGAGAGCGGUUCCGAAAAGGAAGAUACCGAGACGAAGACAAGCGGCAGUCUUUUCAAGAAGCCAAUUACGAUACCGAUCAAACCGAAGAACCCCGUUGUAACCCUGGGUGGUGGUCUGAAGAGGCCUCUAGAGAUGGACGAGGAAGGGAAACCUAUAUUGAAGAAGCGGAAACGGAGAGGAGGGGUAAAUUCGAAGCUAUCGUUCAAGCACGAAGCGCCUGUGGAACCGGAGUGGGAAGGAUUCAGUUCUGCUUCUGAGAUGGACACGGAAAGCGAACCUUCCAUAAACGGAUACGAAGAUAUAUCAGAUGCCUCGGACGAGGAGAGCCAGGACGAGGACUCGUCGUCAGGCUCGGAUUCGGAGUCUAGUGAUAGUGGCAGUGGGGACUCAGAAGAUUCUUCCUCAGAUGAUGGAGAGGAAGACGUUUCUUCGAAGCCAAGAUCCUCGGCCUUCAAGGCAUGGGCAACGCAACAAGUGAACGAAGCCCUUGGAUUUCAGCCGACCCCUAACAUCGCCAAUAUACUGGAAAUACCGAAAGUCACAGACUUCAAGCCUCGAGCACCGGAGCAAGAUCCUUUACCCUUGGAGCUACGAACCACAACCAAUGACAGCCGCAAGGCAUACAGUGUUACCGUAAACAGAACCACGGAGAUCCAAGAGGUGCGGUUGAAGCUCCCAGUUGUUGCUGAAGAGCAAAAGAUCAUGGAAGCAAUCCACAACAACAACCUGGUAGUGGUCUAUGGUGCUACUGGAUCUGGAAAGACCACCCAAGUUCCCCAGUUUCUGUACGAAGCUGGGUAUGGAUCAAAAGGGUCGCCUACACCAGGAAUGAUCGGCGUUACGCAACCUAGGCGGGUAGCGGCCGUCAGCAUGGCUAAGCGUGUUGGAGAUGAAAUGGGAGACCAUGGGCAUCGUGUAGCCUACCAGAUUCGAUUUGAAGGCAACACUAGUGCGGAUACGGCCAUCAAGUUUAUGACUGAUGGUGUUCUUCUGCGGGAAGUUGCACAGGACAUUGCUCUACGAAAGUAUUCUGCGAUAAUAAUUGACGAGGCUCACGAGAGAACUGUCAACACCGAUAUCUUGAUUGGAAUGCUUAGCCGAGUCGUCAAGUUGCGCGAGGAGAUGGUCAAAGAGGACGCCUCUCUCAAGCCCUUGAAGCUCAUUAUCAUGUCCGCCACAUUGAGGAUAACUGACUUCACUCAAAAUGCAACGUUGUUUUCGACACCCCCUCCCGUACUUCAAGCAGAAGGGAGGCAGUACCCAGUCGUGAAUCAUUUUGCACGAAAGACACAUCACGAUUACGUCGAGGAUGCAUUUCGGAAGAUUAGCAGAGGGCAUAAGAAACUCCCACCGGGAGGGUUUCUUGUAUUUUUGACUGGCUUGAACGAAAUUACCCAAUUGAGUAAAAUGCUGAAAGAGGCGUUCAAGAUUGGCCACACGGCGACAGGGCCUCAAGUGAGAAUAUCUGGGAGAGACGCUCCACUUGAGGCAGAAGAUGUUGAUUUUGGUGACACGGCUGAGGGCGAUGAUGCCGAUUUUGAGGAAGAUGAGGACGAGGACGAUGUUGAUAUCAAUCUCGAUGACGAGGAGUUUAACAUCGAAGAGGAAGCUGACACAGGCCCGACCAAGAUGCACAUACUACCCCUGUAUUCGCUGCUGCCCACGAAAGAGCAGAUGAAGGUCUUCCAGCCGCCGCCAGAUGGAUCUCGACUGGUGAUUUUGGCCACCAAUGUUGCGGAAACAAGUUUGACAAUUCCAGGCAUUCGUUUCGUUUUCGAUUGCGGGCGAUCAAAGGAGAAGAAAUAUGAUCGAAAUACUGGUGUCCAGACAUAUGAAGUAGGCUGGAUCAGCAAAGCCAGUGCGAGCCAACGUGCUGGUCGUGCUGGACGUACUGGGCCCGGUCACUGCUAUAGGCUGUAUUCUUCGGCUGUCUACGAGCGAGACUUCCCGGAGUUUGCCGAGCCAGAAAUACUACGAUCGCCAAUUGAAGGUAUUGUGCUGCAGCUGAAAGCCAUGAACCUUCAGCAUGUGGUCAAUUUUCCGUUUCCUACGCCGCCUGAGCGACAAAGCCUCGCUAGCUCUGAGAGACUUCUGUCGUACCUAUCCGCGAUAUCAGCCACAGGACAGAUCACGCCGAAUGGGUCAACGAUGACAAUAUUCCCCGUGGCGCCCAGAUUCGCGCGAAUCUUACUUGUUGGACACCUGCAUGACUGCCUACCAUACACCAUCGCACUCGUGGCUGGUCUUUCUGCACCUGACUUCUUCAUCCCGGAAAAUCAGGUUGUACCUGCUGCGGCAGUAAGAGAUGAAGACUCAUACUUCACGGCUACAGACAGGCUCGAAGAGGAUGUUCGCAAUAACAUCCGACGCGAGUUCAACAAGGUGCAGAAGGAUUUUUGCUUCCUGGACGACAAGUCUGAUGCGAUUAAGCUCCUUCAAGUUGUGGGAGAGUUUGCACACGAGCCGACGGAGGCUUGGUGUAAAGCACAUUUUGUCCGGUAUAAAGUCUUGAAGGAAAUCGUCCAGCUUCAAAAACAAAUCACCGCUCUUCUUCGGGACAAUAUUACAGCGUUUGCUGGGCUCAAGUUCCAGGAUAAGCUACCACCGCCCACUUCGAAGCAAGUCAAGGCACUGAAGCAAAUGGUCGCAGCUGGCUUCAUUGACCACAUCGCGAUGCGAGCCGAUAUGUCACCCAACCCCCCGGAAACUGGGCGUAAGGCCCGGCGAGCCAUCGAUGUGCCAUAUGUCACGUUAUUCCCCUCUCACGUCACGCGAGACGAGGAGGAGGAGAAAGCGGUCUAUAUCCACCCAUCGUCCCCCCUCGCGCACGUCAGCGUACAAGAAUGCCCGGAAUACAUUGUCUACUCCCAUCUCCAACGCGCCGCACCCUCCGCCGCCACACCCGAUAAGAAUCCCAAGACGCGGAUGCACGCCUUGACCGACAUUACUGGUGGGCAGCUUGCUGCGUUGGCCAAGGGGACACCGCUGCUGCAGUACGGUAAGCCUAUCAAGGAUGUGAUGCCCAGGAUGAAGGGCCAAGGAGGAGGAGGAGGAGGAGGAGGAGGAGGAGAUGCCAACGAGAGGGAGUGUUGGGUGAUCCCCUACCUGCGGGCCGAGGGGAGUGCUGGUGGUGGUGGUGGUGGCAUGGGCUGGCCGCUCCCUGCCCGAAAAGUUAGGCAAAAGAAGAUGGCCGGUCGAGGAUGGGUGGUGGUUGAAUGA